AUGGCUUGGAAAAGACCAGCGUGGCUGCCUGGCUCUGGUACUUGGAAUCAGUCCAAGCCUUGUACCAGCAAGGGUCAGUCAACAUCGACAUCCAAAGAUCGAGUUUCGCACAAGGAUCGGCCGUCCGAGAGCGACUCGACCACUGUCGCCUCACGAUGCACAGACACCACAACGGCCAAGUCUGGUGCUUGGACCACCAAGCUAACACGGACGGGCGAUGUGGAUGUGAUCAUCAUCGGUGCUGGCUUGUCCGGGCUGAUCGCGGCCGAUGAGCUCGUUAGAGCUGGCCUGGGUGUUAGGGUGCUCGAGGCAAAUGACCGCGUCGGUGGCAGGACGCUCGAUGUGCGUCUGGAUGAUGGCAACGUGGUCGAAAUGGGCGGUCAAUGGAUCGGCCCUGGACAGAAUCAGAUCCUGAAGCUCAUCAAAGAGCUCGGUCUGGAUACGCACGACACGUACGAUCAGGGACGCAGCAUCUACCGCUCCACCGACGGCAAGAUCAAGUCGUACAAGAACAUGAUUCCCUGCGGUGUGCUCGCAUCGCUCGAUCUUCUCAUGGCCACGCGCAAGAUCAACAGCCUAUCCAAAGGUGUACCUGCAAAGACACCGUGUCAGGCCAAGAAUGCGCGAUACUGGGACGAACGAUCCAUCGGCUGUUGGAUCGAUGACGCCAUGUGGACAACAGAGGGCAAGCAGCUCUUUCGAAUGGCCAUCAAAGCCGUGUAUGCGGAAGACUCGGAAUCGAUCAGCUUCUUGGACCUUCUUGCCACCGUGGCGGGUGCAGGUGGAGAUAUCGAGCAAGUGUUGAGCGAUGCGCAGACGACGCGUAUCGUUCAAGGCCCGCAAUCCAUCAGUGAGCGUCUUGCAGCGCGUCUACCGAAGCAUACGCUCCAACUCAAUCAAAAGGUGCUCAACAUCCAUCGCGCAUCCGAUCAAGGCGCAGCAUUGGGCCAAGACGCUUUCUACGAGGUCUCGACCGUGCAGGGACUGAGUGUCAAGGCGCCUGUUGUCAUCAUCACUCCGCCUCGACCGUUGAUCUGCCAGAUGGACUUCCAGCCAGCUUUGCCGUCCGGUCUGAUUCAGUACUACCGUCGUCAACCGAUGGGCUCAGCGAUCAAGUUCAACGUCAGCUACGCUUCGCCCUUUUGGCGUGCGGCUGGACUGAGUGGUGCCAUGAUCAACGCUGACGGUAUGAGCCCGGUUCAGAUGACGUAUGACAACUCGCCUGCGGACGCCAAGCAGGGAGUGAUUGUUGCGUUUGUGCUGGGAAACAACUCUCGUCGGUUUGUACAUCAGAACGCAGAUGCUGAGACGCGCAAGAAGAUUGUGCUCGAGUUUCUCGCGAGCGUGUUUGGGUGCGAGGCGCUCAAUGCUACCCACGUGCACGAGAUGAACUGGACGCUCGCUCCUUAUGCCACAGGAGGCUAUGGCUCUUUCAAUCCUCCCGGAGUGCUCACCAGCUUCGAUGAGGACGAGCGCGACGAAAUGUCCAAGAUUGGCAACCUCUACUUUGCUGGUGACGCCACCAGCGAGAUUUGGCAGGGCUACAUGGAAGGUGCCUUGCUCUCCGGCAGGCGCGUAGCUUCGCGUAUCAUUUCCACUUUUCAGCCCUAA